UGAACGUCAACCUGAGAGAACCAGCAUCAUGACGCCUGUUUUCCUCCUCCUCCUCUUCUUCUCCAUCCCUGCGUACGCAGCUGAUGAAGCAAAUCAAUUGGACGAAUCUCCUGGAGUCUCUGAUGUCCUGGAAAAAGUCAACGAUGGCUUAAAAAACUUGGUCUUUGGCGACAUUAAGCUGAAUGUCCAGAGAAACGCAGACCCCUGCACAGCCACUGGCUGCGCGUGGCCGAAAUCAAGAAGCUAUGUCUACGUGCCAGUGGUCAUCUCCUCCGGUUACACCCGUGCAGAGCGCAACAUCAUCAUCAGAGGCCUGCUGACCUUCCACAGUUCCACAUGCAUUCGCUUCGUGUGGAGACGCUCGUAUCACAGGAACUACCUCCACUUCUACUCUGGAUCUGGGUGCUGGUCGUACGUGGGCCGUCAGCGUAGAGGACAGGCUAUCUCCCUGCAGAGAAACGGCUGUCUGUACACGGGCACAGUGCAGCACGAGGUCCUCCACGCUCUGGGCUUCCACCACGAGCAGGUCCGCUCCGACAGGGACGAAUCCGUUCAGAUUCUCACCGAGAACAUUCGUCCAGGAAAGGAACACAACUUUGAUAAAGAGCAGACUAACAACUUGGGGACUCCCUACGACUUCAACUCUGUAAUGCAUUACAGCAAAUACGCCUUCAGCAAGAACAGGAAGCCAACCAUCGUGGCCAGGAGCAACCCCAACCUGGACUUUGGACGGGCCAGAUCCAUGAGCGCCAAUGACGUCGCCCGCAUCAACGCACUUUACAAAUGCAACGCCUGAAAACUGGAACCAGUCACACUGCUAACGAACCUGUCGACCUCCAGAGAAUUCCACCGGAUUUCUGAUUUAGAGCAACAGUAAUAUUCAAAAGCAGCAGGAUGAAAAAAAGAAAAAAAAGAUCUUUGUUUAAUGAUUUUCUCGUUUUGAUUGGGUGAUGGGUUUCCUCAGAACUACCAGGCAGUGAACCAGGCCUGAAACAGUCUCAACAAAUCGAGGGGCUGAUGUUUGCUGUGAUGGAUCAUUUGUGAAUUGUGAAAGCUGUUUUUAAAUAUUCAGUAAACGCUCCAUUUAAUGUUCAUUGGGUGUGGAGCAUCAGCAGCGAGAUAAAUAAACAAUUCUAAAUUGUUCUAACAGUAAUAAUCAACAACAUUAUUAAGCCUGGUUCAAGCGUCUUGGAUUUUUUGUGCGUUUUCCUUUUUUCUAGACAACUAAUCAA